GUUACCUGAAGGAAUUCUCUACUCAACGACGGCAGCCAAACCAGAUGCCUUCUUCCACUUUAGCAGACCAAGGAGGUGACCUGGAGGCCUGUGUUUUGAGAUUUUCAGACCUGGAUUUAAAAGGCACAACUCAUAUCAGUCCUAGUAGCCGUCUCAAAGCAGAGUUAGAUGGCAGUACAAAGAAGAAAUACUCCUUUGCAAAGAAAAAGGCAUUUGCCCUUUUUGUCAAAACCACGGAAGUUCCAGCAUCUCCUUUGGAAUGUAAAGAAAAAUGGUGGAAAUGUUGUCAACAACUAUUCAAGGACCAGACCAGCAUCCACAGACAUGUGGCAACACAACAUGCUGAUGAAAUUUGUCAGCAGACUGCUUUCAUUCUCAAGCAGCUGUCUGUGACCUUGAGCUCCUCCAAGAGUUGUAAGCCUGCAGAUAAAAGGAACCUUCUCAAAGAGUACCUCACUCAUGACCAUGAAGUAUCAGCUUGGCUCCCUGAAAUACGCUGCUUUAGUCCUGACCAACUGAAAGGUGGCCAGGGCACUGAUGAAGGGGAGGUGCUGCUUUAUUACUGCUACUGUGACCUGGAGGAUCCAUACUGGCUCUGUGCCUGGCAGACAGCUCUGUGUCAGCAUCUGCACCUCACAGGCAAGGUUCGAAUUGCUACAGAAGGAAUCAAUGGAACAGUUGGUGGAAGCAAAUUGGCCACCAGACUCUAUGUGGAAGCCAUGCUUUCCUGCCCAUUGUUUAAGGAUUAUCUGUGUAAGGAAGAUUUUAAGACCAGCAAAGGAGGAGCCCAGUGCUUUCCAGAAUUGCGUGUUGGUGUUUUUGAAGAAAUUGUGCCCAUGGGGAUUAGCCCCAAUAAAGUCUCCUACAAGAAGCCUGGAACCCAUUUAUCCCCAGGUGAAUUUCAUGAAGAAGUAAAAAAGUUUUUAUCUCUGCAAAAUCGAGAACAAAGUGAUACUAUCCUCCUAGACUGCAGAAAUUUCUAUGAAAGCAAAAUAGGGCGAUUCCAGGGCUGCUUAGCCCCAGACAUCAGGAAGUUCAGCUACUUCCCUAGCUACGUCGACAAAAACCUAGAGCUUUUCAGAGAGAAGAGGGUGCUGAUGUAUUGCACUGGGGGCAUUCGCUGUGAGCGGGGCUCAGCCUACCUUAAAGCCAAGGGAGUGUGCAAGGAGGUAUUCCAGCUCAAAGGCGGCAUCCACAAGUACCUGGAAGAGUUUCCCGAUGGUUAUUACAAAGGGAAGUUGUUUGUGUUUGAUGAGCGCUAUGCCCUUUCGUACAACAAUGUCAUAGUGUCAGGUAGGUCAGCCCAGAACCCAAACUGA